UCGCCAACAGAGAAGACGGGUGUGCGAUUUUAAACAGUACCAUUAGAAGAUCCGAUCGUGCUGCAUGAAACCACGUUGGUCGUGAUUAAGUGUGUUGAACAGUGAUUCAAAAUGGCGCUGGUGCUGAAGGCUCUGUACAAUGGUUAUGAUCGGUACUUUUGUGAGGCCCAGGAUCCUCGAAAUGCAGAUAACUUUCUGAUGAAUCCCCCAUGGGUGCCUGUCGGGAUUGUUGCUGUUUAUUUAUACUUUGUACUUAAACUGGGUCCCCGGUGGAUGGCAAACCGGAAGCCGUUCGAUUUGAAGAAGCUGAUCCUGAUUUAUAAUAUCCUACAGGUGUUGGCGAAUCUCUACCUUUGUAUUGAGGGAGUGAGGGUGGCAGUUGCUAUGAGAAUUUCGUUGACGUGCCAACCGGUGGACUACUCCAACCAUCCGUUAGCAUUGAGAGAACUUAAACUCGUGCAUUUAUACUAUUUGCUGAAAGUGUCGGAUCUAAUAGAUACGGUAUUCUUCGUGCUGCGUAAAAAGCAAAGCCACGUCACGUUUCUCCACGUGUACCACCAUUCCGCCAUCAUGUUCGGAUCCUACAUCUGCAAUCGCUUCUUCCCGGGUGGGCACUUCUCGAUGCUGGGACUGUGCAACACCCUGGUCCACGCGGUAAUGUACUUCUACUUCUUCCUCACCGUGUACCGACCGGAUCUGACCAAGAACGCCAACUGGAAGAAGUACAUCACCCUGCUGCAGAUGGUCCAGUUCGCCUACCUGGUGUUCCAUUUUGGGACACCGAUCGCAUUCGGGCUGGACUGCGCCAUUCCGAAGUUCUGGCUCGGGCUGCCACUGAUUCAAAACGUAUUCAUGAUGGUGCUGUUUUGGGACUUCUACACCAAGGCGUACGGAAGGCGGAAGAUUAAGUGAUUGGUCACAAAAAAAUCUGAUCCUUGUUGAGAGUAACUCUGUGAGGAUGAAUUAAACCACUCUGUAAAACAAA